AUUAUUAUUUUUCUCUUCAAUUCGUUACUUCAUCUGGUGCGGGAAUGCGCUGUGCAUGAGGGAUAUCGAUCUCCUGAGGGGUCACUUUGGAGCAGGAGGAGAAAUACUACUACAAAAAAAAAUAAACCCUGGACAUUUUGCAUCCAAGACAAUUGCAUUUUUUGUUGUUGUUGUUGGAACAUCUGUAAACAAGUAAACAAGAUCAAGGGAGAGGAGGAGCGCGUGUCGUGCGCUCUAUGCAUUUUCUGUCUUUCUUGCAAAGAAAAAACAAACAUUAAGGACAACCUGCUGAAUUGCAUCGCGGUGCAACUCGUAAACAUGAUGCGCGCGAUCUCAAUCUUCACCGCUUUGCUGCUGGCGCUGCUGCCUGAAGGACCCAGCGGCGCCCGUGCAGUGGAGUUUGGUUAUUUCCCUGACAACAUUACAGUGCUGGAAGGGCAGAGCGUGAUUCUGAGGUGUAAGAUCGAUGAGGAAGUGACCCACAAGGCCUGGCUGAACCGCUCCAACAUCCUGUUCACAGGGAAUGAGAAGUGGUCUCUGGACUCACGGGUGUCGAUGGCCAACAAUAACGAGAGCGAUUUCUCCAUCCAGAUCGAGCGGGUGGCCGUGGCUGACGAGGGGCCGUACACGUGCAGCUUUCAGGCACGAACCAAGCCACGCACUGCACACGUCUACCUCAUUGUCCAAGUCCCAGCGAGGAUAGUCAACAUCUCUCAGGAUAAAUCGGUCAACGAGGGCGAUGAUGUAAACCUCUUUUGCCUGGCGGUUGGCCGGCCCGAGCCCACCAUCACCUGGAAGGACUUAAAAUCUGGACGCAUGUACGAGGGAGAGUUUCUGGACAUUACAGAGAUCAAACGGCAUCAAGCUGAAGAGUUCAUGUGCAUCACGAACAACGGUGUGGCGCCACCGGAUACACGCCGGGUCAAGGUCACAGUGAAUUAUCCACCCAUAAUCACAGACAUAAAGAAUAUGCCAGCUCAAGUGGGGAAGACGGCCAUCUUGCGAUGUGAGGCCCUGGCUGUCCCGACAGCAUCUUUUGAGUGGUACAGGGACGACCGGAGACUGAUGGAUACCGACAACACGCUAAGGAUUAAAAACGAGAAGACGCGUUCCCUGCUGCUUUUCACCAACGUCACUGAGAAACACUUCGGCAACUACACCUGCUUCGCCGCCAACCGCCUAGGGGCCUCCAACGCCAGCAUGCUGCUCUUCAGGCCGGGGGCAGUGUACGGCGGAAGCGUGUCGCUAAGCGCCUGCCUAUCAGGACUCAUCUUCUGGCUCAGCCUCUCCAUCUCCGUCCUGCUGAAGGUCUAACGCGUCGCCACCUCGGAAAGGAGUCUUUAAACGACGAACCCAUCACUGUGAAUAAAAAAGAAAAAAAGAAUUAUGCAUUAACCCAGGAGCCAUCUCUUGCAUCUUAUAAUCACCCUUCCUCCCGUCUCCCUGCUCAUCAUCCCAUUUCCACCCAUCUUAGGCAACCACUGGCCACUGCCUCUCCCGCUUCUCCAGCGAAGGUCACCUUUUCGAUGUUCAUAGCUGUUGUGGUGAUGAUUGUAAAAAAAAAAAAAAAAAAGAAAAAAAAAAAACGAAUGCUAAAUAUGUAAAGGUGCCGAGCGGAGCGCGUCAUUGUCUGAGUGUGCACGUGCUGGAAAAUGGUUGUAUAUUUGUGGAUGCUGUGACAUUAAUGGUGUUUAUGAGGAAUGUGAUAUAUGUAUGAUGAUGAUGAUGAUGAUGAUGAAGAUGAUGAUGAUGAAGCUGUGGCUGUUCACCAGCAGGCCACGCCUCAGUGGCCUUCGCUCUCUCGGAUCUGAGCAGCAGAAUCUUUUCUGUGAAUGAUGUCAAAUCUCAUCUACGCUAAGGGUCAACAAUAUCAUGGGGGGAGGGAAGAAUGAUUCCUCCCCCCUUCACACACCGCCCUUCUCUUUUUGCAUUCGCUGGAGGUCUUGACCCAGGGCAAAGCAGGUGACCCCAGUUCAACCUUCCAGUCCUUCCACGAUUUCAUCACAUUACUACAUACACUCAGUGUAAAUAUAUAUGCAGUAGAGGCCAUCCCAUGAUUCCAUAUACAUUAGUCAAUUUCCCAUCAGCCUCUCUGUUUCAGGCUUUUUGGCUUGGAGGUUAUGUUUCUGGUGUCUCCCAAACAAGCCCCCGACCCCCGUUGCCCCUUCGGUCACUCUUCCUUGUCGCUUGUUGAUAGCAUGUACUGGUUAGAAAUGUUCCUGUUGUGCUGUCCAUCGAAGCCCAAGCCCCCUCAAUAGCCCCUGCACUGUGUACAUUUAAUCUGCAAGCUUAACUGCUAAUUGCUUUUUUUUUUUUGGUGUUAAUAAUGAUGAUGAUGAUGAUGAUGAUGAUGAUGAAAAUGAUGAUAAUAAUAUGGAUGAUGUUGAUGAAGUAUUUGAAAUCGAUAUUACGAUAAUUACAUGUGAAAAAAAAACAUAAUCCCAGAGCCAUGUGUGCGAAAAAUAUUUUGUACUUUGCUCUGAACAAAAAAAAAUAUGAUAAUAAUAAUAAUGAUAAUAAUAAUACUUUUUUUUUUCAAAGUGUCGUGCUCUAUUUUGCCAUGAGAAACUUUUUAAAAACAGGUUGAUGAGCUAGAGCGCAGCAAAACCCCGCUUUGAAUUAGCCCCCCCUUGCGCUGCUAGCGCGCCACAAUGCUAGACUGCUCUAACAAGCUAAGAGUUAUUACGCAAUGUGGGGUUUUGCUGCGCAUCCACGCGCAGCUCGCAAAGGGAGCGAUUGAUGAAAUGUAAUAUAAUUUGUACCGUGUACGUAUUUAAAAACGUUCCUUUUUAAAGGCUCUGUACUGUAUCGAAUGUAUGCUAACCUUUAUGCCGUCCCAACGUUUUUCGCUGUAACAUCGUUAGCCAUCUCGGCCGAAAAUCUUUUCGGCAUUUCUGAAAUCCUGUGUGCUCGCCCCCUUCCUUCGUUCGUUCCUUUGAUUCCUUCCUUCCUCCAGCCGUUUUUUCGAGAGGGAGCCAAAUUAGUGGGAAAUAGAGACGUAAUUAGCGAGCAGAUCGCUAAGCGAGGGCGCCGUCGCUCUUCUCCUCAUCGCUCCAUCUGCUGAGGAGCAGAGCUCAUAAAUCAAGCUCAAUCCAGGCACUGACAGGGACCCUCUUCAAGGACGACAGUGUCUCGGCGGUGACUAAUUAACCGCCACUUACAGACACGUAGAGAAGACGCUGCGACCAUGUGCUCGGCGGCGCAUGGCUUAACAGUGAGCGCUGGUUUCCGCGAAACGCGUACGCCGUAUGCAAUUUCUCCCAUUCAUGGACAAAAGCAAAGGUUAGGAGCCCGUCACUGAGUCACGUGACUGCUGUAUAUAGCAUGUUGUGUCCCCAUAGCUAUUUUAUUUAAUUUUUUUGUCAAAACCAGCAAUAACCAAACUAAAACAUAAAUGUAAAGAAGUAUCUAAUUGGCGUAAUCUGUUAAGUGUUGACCGGAGUGCCAUGCUAAUCUAAUCCUGAAAGUGUUGUGUGAUAAAUUAAUGUCAUGUGUGUGAUGGAAGGAGCUCUGAGAGCAGUGUUUAAAGGUUGACCCGGCCUGUAUGCGUCUCCAUACCUGUAACAUCUCUCUCUUUCUCUCUCUCGAUCGAUCUAUCUAUCUGUAUGGAUCUAUCUAUGGUGUGCAAAUCUGUACUGUAUCGCCACAAAUGCAACACACAUGCAUGUUUUGAGAUCCCAUCCAAAUUCUUUUCCUUUGUGUUCAAUUCGAAGCACAAAACCAACCAGUCCCAGUGCUUUCUCUCUCUCUCUCUCUCUCUCUCUACCCAUCUGUCUUCGUCCCGAUCUUUUUCUAUCUUGUUCAUGACUGCGCUGCCCGUGUAAAGCCCAAUGAUCCAUGGUGAACCUAUCUGUGCUCAUGUUUUCUCCUGAACAAUAAGUAAACAACAAAAAAGAUAGCAAGUAUGUCAUGUUUCUCAAUGUGGGUUAAAAAAAGAAGAAAAAAAGAAAGAAAAAAAAAGCAUGUCAAUGUUUGUUAUGGGUGGAUUUUCCUUUAAAAAAAAAAAACGUGUGAAAAGUGAAAAGAAUAUGAAAAGUGUGUUUGUGUGUGUGUGUGUGUGUGUGUGUGUGUGUGUAAGGCAAGGAGGGGGUGGAUUGGUUUUAAAAACUGGAAGAUUGAAGUAUGAUUUGAUAUAAGCUCCCCUGUAGAGAUGAGUGAUUGUGGGUAACCUGGAGGUCUGCUUUGAGGGGGGGGUGAAGAGAGGCAUGUGAGGGAGAAAGGGUGCGAUGGGCCGGCGCUGACCAGACACUGAACUCCCUUUGUAUGCAUGCGAUUAACUGGAAGACAGCAGCUACAAAUCAGCUCGCCGAUCCAUUUUUUAUAAAGGCAGAUAGCGUGUAUUGAUUUUUUCCUACCGCUUCGCUCUGCUGCUUGUGUCCACACGUUUAAAAUGUGCUCCGAUGCUAAUGUCCUACUAGUGUCUACUGAGAAUGAUGGAUAGCACACGCGUUUGUAAGAGGCCUCCAAUUGAUCUACGGUACAAACGCGCCAUCUUUUUUUUCUUUCACCACAUGGAUUCUCACAACCUAUCCAGUCAGAGCUCUUACAAAUCUCCAAUCAGGAAGUACUCGAGCUUACGUGUGUCCAGACAGGAGAGUAUAUGUCCAAAAAAUCAACUUUACCUUAUAUGUAUCUAGUAAGGAUGCACUCGAACUCCCACAGGUGCCAAUCAGGAGGCAAUUGAGAUUACACAUCCAAUCAAGAAGCGCUUAAGAUUACUUAUGUCCCAUCAGGUGGUGCCUACAAGCAUACAAGUGUACAAUCAAGCUCCAUUUUAGCUUAUGCAUGUCCAAUCAGGGCUUACACCUGAGCUUGCACCUGUCCAAUCAGAAGCCAUCUGAACUUUCCUGUAGUACUUUGGAGAAACAAUACAACUCAUAGUUUUUGGUAUGUUCGUCCUUUCGGCUUCUCCAUAGCAUGCAAGAAGCCUACCAUUAAGCCAAUGCACUUUUUUGUAUGUUAUUAUUAUAAAAUUUGUAGCUAUAUGACUUUUUGAUAGCUCUGAUGUCCCAGUUUAUUACACUUCUGUUUACAAUUUUACUACUCAAAGUGUCUCUAAUAAAACCAGAUCAUGGAAAGAAAUUAAAAGCAAAAACCAACCAUUGUUGGUUAAUCUUAAAAUCUUUUAUCUUAAAGAGCUUCAAUUUGUCUUAAAUCAGAAUUCAGGUCCAUAUACAGUAAGUACGUUACCAUAGGUCUUGAUUGUUUAAAUUAUCCUGCUCUGCAUGAAAAAGCAGUAUGGCUACCAAGAACUACCUACAGUAUAUGGCUAGUUUCAUGGAAAGAAAAGAGAUAAAUUGCAUCCUUAUCUUUAAAAGAUACCAAGUCAGUUUAGCUCAGUGAGACUGCAGAAGCAUCAUAUGAGUCUCAGCUAAACUUUGGAAUGCAUUUUUUGCGCAGAAUGAGGGUUGUGGUAUUUGGCGCAAUUACUUACUGUACAUUGUACUUACGUUCUGCGUGAUAAACUUCAUAGUUGGUGUGCAAAGGAAGAAAAUUUAUAAUGACCGAGACCCACAGUAUUGUACUUAAAUGCGCCUCAAUUUUGAUUCAACACAGACUCGAAUAAACCCAAACUAUCCCUUUAAUCAUAGAGCUUAACUAAUACAAAAGCAUUCAUUUGAUUUUACUACCAAAUACCGUACUGUACAUACAAAAUUUGUUUAAAACAAUUUUUAAACAUAGAAUUUUAUUAUAUUACACCUACAUAGUUUUUUUUUUAAAGGCACAAACCGUUUUGUUCUUUAACCUUAGGGAGGUUAUGUUGGGGUUGGAAGACAGCAAUGGAAACGUUAGAAUAAGUUAGAAAGUUCUGCUCAGAGCAAGCCAGAUUGAUUUCUGAGGCUUAGAAGUGAGAUAGAAUUCAAUUAAAGUAUAGAUCCGAACAGCUGAGGGUUAAGAGUAUCGCUUGAGGGCUUAAUGGUGCCUUGCUGGCAGUAAUGGGAUUUGAACUGACAACCUUCUGAUCAGAAAUACACUACUUGAAUUCCCAAGCGGAAUUAUCUGAACGCUUUUAACCAAACCUGGGAACGAUAUUUUGAGUAAAUAUAAGGCAAAUUUAACUUUGGAUGG